AAUGCAUUUUGUUCUUGACCACACCCCCACAUUAUUUAUAUCCGGUUUGUGUCGUUUUGAACCAUAUAAAUAAUGUCGCACACCUGAAGAAAGGUGAGUCAUUUAAGGUGAUUUUUUCUUUGACAAAUGAGAAAAUAAUUUAUACUAAAGCCAAAUAAACUUAGGAAGUGUUUGUUUGCCUUCAUUAGGUUUCACUAUACUAGACUAGAUUAAAUGUGAUUGUAGUCUGUUGUUUGUUUCCUGACCGGACUAGUUUUAAUGGGAUUAAUCCAGACUCGCCUUCACUAGCGAACCGACUAGCCGGUCUUAGCUUGUCCCACCCAAAACCAUGGGACUGGCUAAGAACUUCUUCUUCCUGCUCAGAUCACCUCAUCAACCUCGAUUUCGAAGGCACAAGCUUCGGGCGCGGCUUCAUCUCCGACGACGAACUCGUCGUCGCUUCAUCUUCGACGAUGACCUCGUCGGCUGGGUCAUCUCCGUCGUCUUCUUCUCCUUCGCUACUUCGCAAUCCACCAAUGGAACGUGUUGAAACGGGCGAGUCAGGGGAUGGAGUCAGCGACGCCAACACUGGGUCAUCGACAUGAGCAAUCGAGAGGGAUUCGGGUGAAGGUUAUGAACGGGAACCUGGAGUGGGCGCUGACGGUUAUGCAGAGGAAGAUGACGUCGAGUGGGAUCGAGCGGAUGAUAAAGCGGCAGCAAACCCACCACCUCAAGAGCUCUGAGAAGCGCAUCUUGGCCCGCAAGAAUGUCGAACAGAAACUCCGAUCUCAAGACCUCGCUCGCAAGCUCAAGGCCGUCCUCCUCAAGAAAGUCAGAUGCAUCAGCAGCAGCUGGGUUUACACCUGCAGCAAAGAACUCAGAGAUGACUUCAAGAGGCAUGCCCUUAGUUUCAGGCACCUUCAAGUAAACAAAUAUCCAAGAAUCGAUGCACCCGACAACAUAGAAGGUUGACAAACAAGAAAGUUUCUGAAACAUCAGGCUGA